AUGUCUCAACAACGAAAUGCUUUAAUCAAACGUGCAUCACUUUAUCCUUUGUCCUUUGAUGAUACAAUUGCACAGAACAAUCCUAUAUGUGGUUCUCAUGAACACGUUGCAAGGUUAGAAAAAGGAAUGAUAAACAUUCAAAAGCAAGUGAGAAUUGGGUUCAACCAUCUUUCAAGUGAAAUACGAGCUUUAAGUUCCUCUGUAGAACUUAGACCACAAAUUUCCAAUCAGAAAAGUAAAUCAAUUGAAUGUAACCGCCAAAAAUCAGACUACUUCAAAGACAUUAUUCCUAUAUGUGAAAAAUCUUUUCUAGAAGAGGAAAUAAAAUACAAGGAUAGUGAAUUACAAGAGGAGACGAGGAAAAACCUUGUUAAGAGAAAGCGAAAGGAGAUCAGGAACGAAAUAAAGAUCUUAUUACAAAGCGCAAGAUUCGAUAAAUUUCCGAUCGAUUACACAAAAAAAUUUAGUGAAAUAGCCCCGCAACUCGAACGAGAAUUGAUACCUCCUUUAUCCAUGAUAGAUGAUCCAAAAUACAGAGAAUUGAUAAUCGAACAUGGAAUUGAGGACGUAAAUGAGAUAUUAGGCAGAAAUGAUUACCAUUCCUCAGAGGAAAAAAAUAAGAAAGUACGUCCUCGAGUAAUAAAAGACGAAGUUUGGAGGAAAGACAUUCCAUCGAAUGCUAUCUGGUGGACCGUUAAGGAUAGAAAUCCACUAUCCCCGCUCUUCAAAUUAAGAGAACCAGAAAGAGAUGAUUUUGCGGAUAAUAUAAGCGAUUUGGACGAAAUUCAACCGAUCAAAAUUCAGGAUAUCAUUCCAGCUGGCAGUCAAAUUACGGUUGAUUCUAUGAAUAAAUCACGAUCACAACAAAUGAUGACAUCUUCACGAAAUGCAAGAGAGAGUAGUAAUAGAGAUAAUAGAUAUCUUAGUG